AUGUUAGUUUGUGGAGCAAAAUGUGUCUCUCACUCUCCUCAUCCUCCUCCAUUUCAAUCCAGAUGCUCAAACCGACCCGCUGUUAUUCUCCCGGGGUUAGGAAACAAUUCAGGUGACUACCAGAAAUUGGAGGCAACUCUGAACAAUAAGUACGGCGUGUCCACCGUGGUGGCUAAAGUAUCGAGACUUGACUGGUUCCGAAAUGCUGCGGGCUUGAUUGAUCCCAACUACUGGCGUGGCACUCUUCAACCAAGCCCUGUCCUCGAUUGGUAUUUGAAAAGAGUUCAUGAUGCCGUUCAAGAGGCCAUUGAUUUAGCACCACCAGCUUCCACUUUAUCUUUGAUUGGCCACUCAGCAGGAGGAUGGCUCGCACGCCUCUAUAUGGAACAAUUUGGAGUCUCCAAUAUAUCCUUGUUAUUGACUCUUGGUACCCCUCACCUCCCAGCUCCAAAAGGUGUUCCUGGUGUUAUAGAUCAAACCAGGGGUCUCCUUGAUUAUGUUGAACAAUAUUGCUCUAAGCCUGUUUAUACCCCGGAACUCAAAUAUGUAUGUAUAGCAGGAAGGUAUAUUGAAGGGGCUCCACUUUUUGCCAAUUCUAAUCCAACUCUAGAGCCUCUGAUUCCUACUACUGUUACGGAAGCUGCAACUGCAACCACCUCUUCUCCUAACAUAACUUUACGUGCUCGCUUUGUUGGCCAAGGAUACAAGCAGGUUUGCGGGAAAGCAGAUGUAUGGGGCGAUGGCGUUGUGCCACAACUAUCAGCUCAGCUUGAGGGUGCACUUAACAUUAGUCUGGAUGGAGUUUAUCACUCACCACUUGGUUCAGAUGAUGCCACUAGACCAUGGUAUAAAGUUGAAAAUCUCCUAGAAAAUCCAUAUGAAGUUUUGAUGACGACAACAAUACUUAAAGUCGGUGAAAAUAAUUUUCAACUCGUUGAAGAUGGUAACCUAACAAGCAGUUCUAUAGAACUCUUAUGCAGAAGCUUGCAUCCCAUACAAGCGGUUACAUAUAACCCUUGUGCAGAAGCUAACAUUGAGAUUUAA